AUGGAGGCCAGAGCUGAAGUUCUCUCCUGUUCCAUCUGUCUGGAUCUACUGAAGGAUCCAGUCACUCUCAACUGUGGACACAGCUUCUGUCAGGUCUGUGUUGAAGGUUACUGGGACUCAGAAAGUGAGAGGAACAUCUACCAGUGUCCUCAGUGCAGACAGACCUUCACCUCGAGGCCUCGCCUGCAGAAGAACGUCAUGUUAGCAGAGUUAGUGGAGGAGCUGAAGAAGACUGGACUCCAAGCUGCUGACCUCUGCUAUGCUGGACCUGAAGAUGUGGCCUGUGACUCCUGCACUGGGAGGAAGCUGAAAGCCCUCAAGUCCUGUCUGGUGUGUCUGACCUCUUACUGUGAGCAACACCUCCAGCCUCAUCUAGAAGCUCCGGCCUUCAGGAGACACAAGCUGGUCCAGCCGUCCAAGCAGCUCCAGGAGAUCCUCUGCCCUCAACACAAUGAGGAGAAGAAGAUGUUCUGUCGUACUGAUCAGCAGGUCAUCUGUCACCUCUGUGCUGUGGACCAACACAAAGACCACCACAUUGUCUCAGCCGCAGCAGAGAGAAGAGAGCGAGAGAAAGAGGUGGAUCAGAGUCGAGGAAGGAUCCAGCAGAGGAUCCAGGAGAGACAGGAAGAGCUGAAGCUGCUUCAGCAGGAGCAGGAGACCAUCAGAGACUCUGCUGAUAAAGCAGUGAAGGACAGUCAGGAGACCCUCCAGCAGCUGAUCCAGAACCUCCAGAGAAGAAUGUCUGAUGUGGAGCAGCAGAUCAGAUCCCGGCAGGAGACUGAAGCCGCUGGAGUGCGAGAACUUCACUCACCGACAGUCACUUGGUCUUUCUCCAGAACUGGUCCUCACUCUCAGAGGUCAGUGAAGACACGCUCUCCUCCAGGACCCACGUCCGUCCUCACUGCUGCUUUGAGGAAGUGGCAGCAGCCGUGUCAGCCAGCAGAGAGCGACUCCAGGACCUUCUGAGAGACACCUGCACCAACAUCUCACUGAUGCUCGCUCCACAGACCAGAGCUGAGUUCCUCAGGUUCUCACGGGACAUCACUCUGGAUCCAAACACUGCUCACUCAUGGUUGUUUUUGUCUGAAGGAAACAGGACAGUG